AUGGCUGCCGGUGAUGAAGAUAAAAAAUGGUUUCGCGAAGUAAAUCCAAGUUUUUGGCCUGGUCAAGCAUUUUCACUUGAAAUCGAUGAAGUUCUUCAUCAGCAACGAUCAAAAUAUCAGGAUGUUCUAGUUUUUAAAAGUAAAACAUAUGGUAAUGUACUUGUUUUGGACAAUUGUAUUCAAUGUACCGAACGAGAUGAAUGUGCUUAUCAAGAAAUGCUUGGCUUUCUACCUUUACUUGCACAUCCAAAUCCAAAAAAAGUCUUAAUCAUUGGUGGAGGUGAUGGUGGUGUUCUUCGUGAAGUUGUUAAACAUCCACAAGUUGAACAAGCUGUUCUUUGUGAAAUUGAUCAAGAUGUUAUUGAUGUUAGUAAAAAAUAUUUACCUAACAUGGCACAAGGUUUUUCUAGUCCAAAAGCAGUCAUUAAUGUUGGCGAUGGCUUUGAAUAUCUUAAAAAUCAUAGUCAAGAAUUUGAUGUUAUUAUUACAGAUUCAUCAGAUCCAGAAGGUCCUGCUGAAUCUCUCUUUCAAGAAUCAUUUUAUUCGUUAUUAAAAUCUGCUCUUAAACCACCACAUGGUAUUAUAUGUUGUCAAGGUGAAAGCAUUUGGCUUCAUUUAAGUUUAAUCAAAAAAAUAAUGACAUUUGCUCGUGAUAUUUUUCCAACUGUUGCAUAUGCUUUUGCAUCAACACCAACAUAUCCAAGUGGUACCAUUGGUUUUCUUAUUUGCAGUCUUGAGAAAGAUAAGAAAUUGAAUGAACCAGUUGAUGAAAAAAUUGCCGAUCAACUUGAUACACGAUUUUAUACAGCUGAUAUUCAUCGUGCUGCUUUUGCAUUGCCUGCCUUUGCUCGCAAAGAACUAAGCAAUACUAAAUGA